UAUGGUCACACUGCGACCAUGAAGCGAGGAAGAGCGGCGAACAAAUAAAAAUAGUGAAAAAUUGCAAAGCCGACAAUUGAAUGGAAAAUAUGGGGGACCAACUGAUCUUGGCCACCGGUGGAUACGAUCACACCAUCAAGGUGUGGCAAGCACACACCGGUAAUUGUAUUAAAACGAUGCGAUUCGUGGAAACCUCCCAAGUAAAUGCCUUGGACAGAACCCCGGAUAAGACCAGAUUGGCGGCCUGUGGUUAUCAGUGCAUCCGUUUAUACGACCUGGAGUCGAACUGUACAGCGCCGGUCAUUAACUUCGAUGGCGUGCAGAAAAAUGUGACCCGUUUGGGUUUCCAGGAGGAUGGUAACUGGAUGUUCACCGCCGGCGAGGAUCAUCAUGUUAGAAUCUGGGACAUGAUCUCGGCACCGCCGCACUGUUCCCGGGUGUUUGACUGUGAGGCGCCAGUGAACGCCGCCUGUCUGCAUCCGAAUCAAGUGGAAAUCGGUAUGGGAUCCCAGAAUGGUAGUGUAUUCCUGUGGGACGUCAAGUCGGAGAAGCACGAACGGAUUGUGCCCGAGGUAGAUGCAUCCAUACAGGAUGUGGCCAUCUCUCCAGACGGCCGCUAUUUGGCGGCAGCUAACAACAAAGGCAAUUGCUAUAUUUGGUCUCUCACCAGCAGUCCGGAUCAAAAGAUGAGCACUCUGCGUCCCACCAAGAAAAUCCCAGCCCAUAGUCGCUACAUCCUGCGCUGUAAAUUCAGUCCGGACUCGAGGCUAUUGCUAACCACGUCCGGCGAUGGUACUGCCUGCAUUUGGAAGACCGAGGACUUUACCAAAUGGCGGGAGCUGUGCAUCGAAAACUAUUGGGUGUGGGAUGCCGCCUUUAGUGCGGACUCCAAAUGGCUCUUCACCGCCUCCUCGGACGGUGUGGCACGCCUUUGGAAGCUCCAAACCAAGAGUCCCAUCAGGGAUUAUACUGGUCACACCAAGGCCAUCACUGCCCUGUCCUUUAAGGACGAAAUUGUGGGCAAAUAGCAUGUAGAUCGUUAGUUAGAGUUAGGCAAUUGUAGGAUUAUAUUGUCCUCCUGUCGUGAUUGUCUCGUUGUGAGGGCCUUCAUAGGGUAACCAAUUAUGUAUGAAUCCAAAAAAGCUCAUUUUUUUAUUGUUGGAAUUUUGGUUUUUAAUUAGGAACUCUUUAAUCCUAAAUUUCAACGCUUUUUUUUAGUAGAAUUUCAAAUUUCUAAACUAUCUUCGAACCUCUUUAAAGGUUUCUUUCUCUCCAGACUGGUUUGGAAAAGCAAUAAUAAUUCUUUAGAACUUUAAAAAACGUCUUACUCCCAAAAAGGGGUAUUUUAUGGCAUUUAAAUGACUAGAAACUUUUUUCAGUGUUCUUUAGGCUUUCAACUUGAAACAGAAAUAGAGUUAAAGGCUGAAAUUUUGAAAAUAUUCCUUGUAAAUAUUAAGACAACAAAUUUUCCAAUUCAAAUGCAAUAUAACUUAGAAUUUUUCAAUUAAAUUUCUAGAUUUUUGAAAAGAUUAUGUAUAACUUCCAGCAAUGUUUGGAUAUUUUGUAUACCCACCCAUAAUAGAAACCCAUUUGAGAGAGAUCCAGCGAGACAAUCAAGAUGGGAUAAUGGCAUUUAGAAAACGCAACUUAGGCUCCGGCGAAUGUUUUUGCAGUUUUUAGAGGCAGUUCGAAAAUGAAUGAGAGGAACGUUUCGAUUCCAUAGACAGAGAAGCACACCAACCAGAACUGAAAACCCCCCAAAUACCGGAAAUCAAUUUGGAAUAACUUCUUUUUUACCAGCAAGUGAGAGAAACGGAAAUUAAGCAAAAACUACCUCUGAAAAUGGGCGCUUGGCUUUUGUAGCGACUUUUUCAUAAAUAAUUUAUAAACCUUUGAUACAUAAUUAUUAUAUAUUACGACUAAAUCGUGGGUAUGCAAAUUUGCAAUUUAAAUAAAACCUUAUUGGCAUAAAUAUAUAAAUCAA